AUGUUUGGCGGCGUUGGAUUGAUGAUCUGGACGCUUGGAUUCUUUGUGGCUAAGAUUUCCUUCGUCUGUGAUGCGAAAAAGGUGGACAACAAGCUUAUUGGAUCACCGGAAGUAAUAUGCGGUCCAGACGCUAUUCGAAUAAGAGGAGAAAGUGAGGAUAUCUUCGAAGGACAGGUUUUUGUAAAAAAUCAGAGGCGCUCCCAUGACUGCUUUGUCGUCUACUCGGCCGAUGAUAACUCGACCGCACCGGAAUUCACACUGUCACUGAAUCGAAUAUCCUCUUGUGGGAUUGAUAUGCGGAGAAAUCCAUCACGAGGCUUAGAACUGUUCGCUGUGUUUGUGUUCGCCUUCCAUCCCUCGUUUGUAACCGCCGGGGAUCGUGCCUUUGCCGUUCAUUGCCUUUUCCAACAACAACAAAUCACAAUUUCGACACGAUUCGACUUCAUUAGUGACAUCACUCCAAAAGCUGUAGUUGGUGCAACCUCUUCAGUACCCGCAGUAGAACUUGAAAUUGUUCACGGACGAGUGCCAACCGAGAAGGAAGUAACUGAUUCGGUGAGGGUCGGUGAACCACUGAUGUUGAUUUGGCAUACGGAAUCGAACUCUCACCUUUAUGGGGUACGAGUUCUUGACUGUACAGCUGAAACUCGUGACAGAAGAGGUAUGGGAAUUAUUAGGGACGGUUGUAGCACGGACAACACCUUGAUUUCUGACAUUCGAUAUGCGGAUAAUCAUCAACGUGCUUUUGCCGAUGCUACAGCGUUCAAAUUUCCUGAUCUUACUGAGGUUUGGUUCCGAUGUGCUGUUCAGCUGUGUAUAAGGAGGUUCGAUCAUUUGGUACUUACUGGGAAAUCGGAGCAAGAUCUCUGCAAUAACAGCUAUAAAUGCGGCACAAAUCCUCGACAACGUCGACGAGUCGUUUCCGACGCUGAUGACAACGUGAUUGAAGUCACCGGAAGAGUUUUUGUGAAUGACGACGAGUCGACCGUCUACACAAACUACGCUGCACAAGCGUCAGCCGCUCCGAGCAAACCUUCCACUAUGUGCAUGACGAAGGACGUGAUGGCGGUAGGUUCAGCCGUUUCAGCCACCGUCUGCGUUUCCAGUUUAUUGACAAUCGCUUCUUUCAUCUACUCGAAGCUUAAGCUUAAACGUCCUGCCUUGUAA